AUGUUUUAUGGAAAGGCCCUACGUGUGGCGCAGGCGCUGCUCAUUGUGGCCCCUGCCUUCAUUGUCUUCGGUUACAACCAGUCCGGCUUAGGGCCGCUGGCAACCCUGCAGAGCUGGGUGGAGGUGUUCCCUGAAAUCGACACCAUCAACACCGAAGGCGCUUUGCGUGCAAAGAACUCUACCGGUAAGGGUGCUGUCAUUGCAUCCUUCCAACUGGGCGCCUUGGCAGGAGCCCUGUCAUGUACGGCGCUAGGCGAUCGUCUUGGUCGUCGUAAGACCAUCUUCCUGGGUGCCAUCCUCACUAUUAUCGGUCAAAUCCUUCAAAUCGCCUCAUAUGGCUUGCCGCAAUUUGUUGUCGGUCGUGUCAUUCUUGGAAUUGGUGUCGGCCAGUUCAGUGUGGCCGUCCCCGUCUGGCAGUCCGAGUGCACAUCCGCCAAACACCGCGGACAGCAUGUCGUUGUCGACGGUAUCUGUAUCUGUCUCGGUUAUGCUCUCUGCAACUGGAUUGACUUCGGUCUGAGCAAGAUCGACGGCACCCUGCAAUGGCGAAUCCCGCUGGUGAUCUCUCUCUUCUUCUCGCUUGUCGUCUUGUUCGCGGUCUUCUUGCUCCCCGAGUCCCCUCGAUGGCUCGUGCGCGUUGGUCGCAUCGAAGAUGCCACCCACAGUCUGGCCGCCUACAAAGGCACGUCCGCCGAUGACGAGGCCGUUCGAGUUGAGAUCUCCGGUAUUGAGACGUCCCUUGAAGUGACGAACGACAGUGCUUCGCUGGGCGACAUCUUCAACCCCAAGAAGCCCGACGAUGAGCGCCUGCUGUACCGAUUCUGCCUGUGCGUGGCCCUGCAGUUUUUCCAGCAGAUGUGCGGUGGCAACCUGAUCUCCACCUAUGUGUCGACGAUUUUCGAAGAAAACCUGAACAUGGACAGCGACCUCGCCCGUAUUCUGUCGUCAUGCGCCAUGACCUGGAAGUUCCUGUGCAGCUUCAUCGCCUUCUUCGCCAUCGACCGGCUUGGUCGGCGCAAGAUCUUCAUGAUCAGCGGUACGGGUAUGGCCGUCUGCAUGAUGGUGCUGUCCAUCACCAACAGCUUUGGCAAGAACCACACCAGCUCGAUCGUGUCCGCUGUUUUCAUCUUCCUGUUCAACUCCUUCUACCCUGUCGGCUUCCUCGGUGGCAACUUCCUCUACUGUACUGAGGUCGCCCCUAUGCGUCUGCGUGUCGCCAUGUCUGCCAUCUCGACGGCCAACCACUGGUUGUGGAAUUUUGUCGUUGUCAUGAUUACCCCAGUUGCACUUGACACCAUCGGUUACCGCUAUUAUAUCGUGUAUACCGUCAUCUCCGCCUGCAUUCCCGUUGCGGUCUACUUCUUCUACCCCGAGACCAUGAACCGCAACCUGGAGGCCCUCAACCACGUCUUCCGCGAUGCACCCUCCACAUGGCAGAUUGUGUCCAUGGCCCGUCAUCUGCCUCAGGGCGAGGCUGCUGAGGUGGAUGUGUGGAUGCGCGCGGAGGAGAAGGGGGCCGUUGAGCAGAAGGAGAAUGCUUAG